ACAGUGACGUCCCGUGCGGAUAGAUGCUCAGAUAGAUAGAUUCCCUCGCUGCUUUAGUGUAUCGUAGCUCUGCAGAUAUAAUUAUUUUACAUGUGAAAGAUCGUGUUACAGCUCUGGAGAGAAGCAGCAGCAUGCAGCGGAACGCGGUGAUCGUGGUGGCGGACAAAACGAGCCUGAAAAGGCCGUUUAUUUUUGCAAAUGCUGUACAUAUGGCGCUGUGUUUCUUCAUGUUGACCAUGACAGUAGCGUGGCACAGAGAACUCAUCCAGACUGGCAAACUGGUGUCCACUGCCUCAGUUGUGAUCAUGUACGUCAUGGAGAUCGGCUGCCUGCUGCUCUCGAUUCUUGGUGUGUUUGGAGCUUUAAAGGGAAAAAGAUGGUGUUUGAUACUGUAUGCAGCUGGGAUGGCAGCAGCCAGUCAAACAAUCAUUGUAAGAACAGCACUGAGUUACCAGGAUGUGUAUGAGAAACGUGUGGCUCGUGAGGAGGCAAAGUUGCUCUCCAUGAUGCCGCUCAGUGGAACCAGCAAAGCAAACAGGACGCUGCUUUACAGUAUUCAAGAAGAGUUCGAGUGCUGUGGUCUUAUUGAUGGCUACAAAGACUGGGGCUCCAACAUCCCUCCCUCCUGUAACUGUCAAUAUCCAGGAAAAUGUAUCCGACUACGGGGCAGUGCCACACUCGGAGCUCCAAAGAACCAGUAUGUUUAUCAAAGGCCUUGCCUCCCAAUAUAUGUCUCUGAGCUGAAGCUUGCAUUCUCACUAGCGAUGGGUAUACAAUUCGGGAGUGCUGUAUUUUGGGUGGUUUUACUCGUCAUGAGCAUCAAGCUGAUGGGCCAGAUAAGACGGAAACAGGAGUUCAUGGCUCUCCUCCAAUCAAACAGAUAUGUUCCUGGUGCCUUCUAGUCACCUCAUAUGUUUUGAUGGACACUUCCAAUUCAUUAGCAAGAAUACCUUGUUUGAAUUUGCACAUGUAAACUAUCUAUGCUGUAUACCAUAAUCUGGCUACUUUGUGCUAUAGCAAAAUAUGUUAUCAUUUUCUAAUAAAUUAUUGCAUGUACCUGAUAUUGAAAAGUAAUCUACAUGCAUAGAUCAACUUCA